CACUCUGAACACCGAUUGGCUGAGGGGAAUCAACUCGUUUUCUUAUUGGGUUUUCUCUCUGUCAAUCAUAACACUGAAGUCUGAAUACCACACUGGCAAGACGGCAAAAGAUAAAGGUACAAAGCUGGGUGAACACGCGGAAGAAGACGAGGACCAACUCUGUUAUGGUUCACUCCUGACACAACAUCAACAUUAAGAGCACAGGCUGUGACAAGGUCUGUGCAAACACUGUGUCCUGUCAAGAAAAGGGUGAGCUGGCCCCUAGUUAAAAUGAGCGAACGUCAGAACUCUGUGAAGCUUAGCAAAGAGAAGCUAAUACCAAAGUCUGACAUCCUGUCUUUGCUGAGAACCUACAACUGUUAUCAUGAAGGAAAAAACUUCCAGCUGAGGACUCGUGAGAAAGAACCCGAUUAAAGGACGACGAGCGCCCGCUGGUGACGCGUGUUCUCUACGGUCCAUGCGAGAAGAUCUCCAGAAUCUUCAUCACGGAGGCCGACCUGGGGGAGGAAGUUCCAUAUGAUGUUGCUCAGUACAUAAAAUUUGAGAUUCCUGUUUUAGACAGUUUUGUAGAGAAACUUAAAGAAGAAGAAGAACGUGAGAUAACCAAACUGACUAAAAAGUACAGCUCUCUGAGAUCCAUGAUUCUACACCAGCUGGAAGGCAGGGCUCACUCCAGUGACAGAGUUUGAUUUUUUUUUUUUAUGUGUGAAUGAAAGGAAGGGAAGGGUGGAUCACCAAUGAUCAGUGAUUUUCUGUGGGAACAUUUCCCAACACUGUAAUGAAUGUAGAGUUGAACAAGUGCUUCUAUUUGAUACGUAAUUUUUAGAUCUUCAUAUUUCACCACUUUGUAUGAUCACCUUUACUUAUUAUUCUUGCUGUAAUAUCAGGUUUUUUAUCUAUUGAUAUAAAAACAUUUUGUAUAAAAUGAGCAAUGUAUAUAUUAUUUAUUCAAGAUUUGUUGUAAUGACUUGAACCUUUAAAUGCAAUAAAUCAGUUCUAGUGUU